AUGGUUUUUCCAACCAAGGCCUUGCUCAUAUCGAUAUUUAUUCUUACCAUUAUUGGAAUUUCUCUGUUCUACGCAGGCGAUAUCAACAAACAGGGCAAUUCCGUAAGGAUAGCCCAAAUUUUCCUUGCAAUCGCCCUAACCAUUGCGGCCGGUAUUGUGUCUGGACUGACGCUUGGCUUGAUGUCUCUGGACGAAACCAAGCUGAAAAUUCUUCUCUCCUCGGGUACGCCCCAGGAACAGUCUUUCGCCGCAAGGAUAAUACCCAUUAGGUCUGAUCCGUAUUUGCUGCUUUGCACCCUGCUUGCAGCCAAUGCUGUCAUUUCUGAGAGCCUUCCCAUAGUAAUUGAUCGAAUUUUGGGCGAAAGUUGGAAGGCAAUUCUUUCUUCGACGUUAAUUUUGCUGCUGUUUGGCGAGCUCAUUCCACAGGCAUACUUUUCAAUCGGGUGCCAGGCUCUCCGGGCUUGUUCGUGUCAUGACUUUUUUUUGGCGCCACUGGUGUAUCCGCUUUCAUUUGCUCUGAAGUGGCUUCUUGGGAAAGGCGCUCAUCAAAGCUCCAUACAGUUCAAAAGAGAAGAGCUGAAAGCACUUAUGAGGCUACUUUUGAACACCCAAUUGACGCACGAUGAGGUCGAUAUCCUUACGGGAGUCCUGGACCUGAUUGGAUUAGAGAAAACCCCACGCGCUUUAAUGACACCCCUGAACCAGGUGUUUAUGCUGGACGCAGACACUAUCAUAACCCCCUCCCUUACUAAAAUGAUUUCACAGAAUGGAUACUCAAGAAUUCCUCUUUUUACUGAUGGAGAAAAGAAAAAUGUUGUCUCUAUCCUUCUAACGAGAACAUUACUCAGUUCAAACCCCGGAGUCACACUUGGGUCUCUUGCGAUUCCCAAGCCCUCGCUGUUGUCAGUGUCGGCCAAUUGUUCGCUUUUUGAACUUUUGCGGCUGUUCAGAGAGGGAAAUUGUGGGCAAAUUUCAUUAAUUGAAUCCUAG